UGCGGGUCUCUCGCGGAGAUUCGCUGGUCGAGUGUCGCGCGCAAAACAUCCCUGGAACUUGCCAUACUUUUCGAAGAGCUCCUGUACUUACCCCUCUUCGUCUGUCGAUAUUUUUCUCUCGUCUGACAAUCUCUCCCAUCUGUCGAAUUCUCGUCGAAUCCGAAUCCGUCGUCAAAAUGGCCACCGAAAAGAAAGACAAGCUUGAGCCGCAAAUCAAGUCGGUUGAUAUGACCGAGGAUAUGCAGCAGGAGGCUGUCGAAGUUGCGAUUGAGGCCAUGGACAAGUACCACAUUGAGAAGGACAUUGCCCAGUACAUCAAGCGAGAAUUCGACUCGCGCAAGGGCGCAACAUGGCACUGUGUGGUUGGAAGGAACUUUGGUAGUUUCGUGACGCACGAGACGAAACACUUCAUCUACUUCUACCUGGGCCACUGCGCUAUCCUCCUGUUCAAGACCCAAUAAACGCUCUUUUCGAAUCUCCUCCCGCUAGGACUCACGCCCGCGUGCUGGCUGACUCUUCACAUUUGUCGACCGCCGUUGUGUCUUGGGGCAAAAAUAACAGGUGGUGGAAUAAUACCACGGAAUGGGGCGCAGCAGGGUGAAGGACGGCGAAACAGCAGGGCCAAUAACAAAAUCAAAGCCAUGGGUUCUUCCUUUAUGCUUAGGAUCGUUGUGAAGGCUUCUGUCGGAGGUGGUGUGGCGGUCAACUAGAUUCGUUUCUACUUUCUUCAGCGAAUUCUUCUUAUUGUUAAUAUCUCUGGGUUUAUCCUUUUCAUUCCAAUGUCAUUUGAUAUCGAUUUCGGUAGAUGAGUGGUUUGAACUGAGUAAAUAUUCAAUUGAAUAAAUA